AUGGCUUUGGAGGCUGCGGUGGUUGUGGUUGCGGCGGUUGUGGCUGCGGUGGCUGCGGCUGUGGUUGCGGUACCGGCUGUGGCUGUGGUUGCGGUGGCAGCUGUGGCAGCUGCGGUCCAUGCGGUGGUGGAUGUGGAGGCUGUGGAGGUUGCGGAGGUUGCGGAGGUUGUGGAGGCUGUGGGGGUUGUGGGUGUUGCAGUGGCUGUGGCGGUUGCAGCGGCUGUAGCGGCUGCAGCUGCGGUUGUGGCGGCUGUGGUCCCAGCUGCAGCGGCUGCGGCGGUUGUGGCAAAGGAUGCGGAGGGUGUAGUGGAUGCGGCUGUGGCAGCUGUGGAUGUGGCUGCGGAUCCUGUGGAUGCGGGGGCUGCGGAGGCUGCGGAAGUUGUGGCUGCGGCUGUGGACCUCCAUGUGGCUGCGGUGGUUGCGGACCUCGCGGCUGUGGUCCCUGUGGUCCCUGUGGACCCUGUGGGCCGUGCGGUGGCUGCGGCUGCGGACCCUGCAGUGGACCCUGCGGAAGUUGCGGGGGCUGUGGCCCGUGCGGCUGUGGGCCUGGAGGCUGUGGGCCUGGAGGCUGUGGGCCUGGCUGCGGAUGUGGCUGUGGGCCCGGAGGUUGUGGGCCCGGUGGCUGCGGAUGUGGCUGCGGUUGCAGUGGUUGCGGCUGUGGCUGUGGUUCCACUUGUGGUGGGUGUGGCCCUGGCUGUGGCGGCUGCUGCGGAGGCUGCGGCUGUGGCUGUAAAGGUGGCUGUGGCUGUCCGGGCCAGGGAAUGGGGAUGUGUGGCGGCAUGGGCGGCAUGA